GGAACAAGCAUUUGUCUAUAAGCAACCUGAUGGCAUUUUCUCAUUUCAGGUGGCUGUUGCAGAUCAUGAUGGUGUUGUGACUUGUUUUGGAAUGAAAAAAGGGGAGGCUGUGCCUGUGUUCAAAUCGCUCCCAGGACAGAAGAUCUCCAGACUUGAGCUUGGAGGGGCUUUGGGAACCCCGCAGGAAAAGAUCUUUGUGAGCUCAGGCUCUGAAGUGAGGGGAUAUACUAAAAAGGGCAAACAGUUUCUUACAUUUGAAGCCAACCUAACAGAGAGCAUAAAUGCCAUGCAUGUUUCAGGGGCAGAUCUGUUUGUGUAUACCACUAGGCUGGAACUGAAGGUGAGGUCUAUAGAGGGUCAGUAUGGCACCCUUCAGGCUUACGUGACGCCAAGGCUUCAGCCCAAAACCUGCCAGGUUCGACAAUACCAGAUCAAACCGCUUUCCCUCCACCAAAGGACGCACGCAAUCGAUCAGGAGCGGCCCAUGAACACGUUGAGACUGACAGGACAGUUCAGUUUUGCAGAGAUCCAUUCCUGGGUUGUGUUCUGUCUGCCUGAGGUCCCAGAGAAAACCCCAGCAGGAGACAGCAUCACAUUCUACUUUCAGAACACUUUCUUGGGAACACAGCUAGAAGCCACCUAUUGUAAAGGUGAGGCAAACUUCAAAUCAGACAACAUUUCUACCAUAUCCAUACUGAAGGAUGUUUUGUCCAAAGAGGCCACUAAGCGAAAAAUCAAUCUGAAUACAUCCUAUGAGGUGAAUGAGGACUCUGUGAGCCAUACUCUUCGAAUGAUUCAUCCCAAGCUAGAGUAUCAGUUGAUUUUGGCCAAAAAAGUUCAGCUUAUUGAUGCUUUAAAGGAGCUGCAGGUGCAUGAGGGGAAUGCAGGUUUUCUGAUUCCUGAGUAUCGCAGUAUACUGGAUGAAUCUGCCCAGCUCUUAGAAGAAUAUAAGAAACAACCAGCUCACUUAGAAAGAUUGUAUGGUGAGUAA